GCGACCGUCAGUUUUCGCUGAGGAGAAGCACGAAGCGGACCCGUUGGCUCUCCCCCUCCCUUUCCCCGCCCUGAACCCCCCUCCUGGCUCGCCGAAAAUUAGUCUCCGUGGAGUUUCCCCUCCACCCCGCCUCCGUUUCCUCGGUCCUCGGCUCGGUGGAAGUCACUGCCCUCGAAGAGGAGGCAGCGGCAGCCGCCCUCGCCUGCCGCCCCCGGUUCGGUGCCCGCGGUCCCGGAGAGGAGGUGCCGCCGCCACCGCCGCUCCACCCCUCCCGCUGCCCUCGGGCCGGGCUGGGUCGAGCUGCGAUGCCCUCGGACUUCAUCUCAUUGCUCAGCGCGGACCUAGACCUGGAGUCGCCCAAGUCCCUGUACUCGCGAGAUUCUCUGAAGUUACACCCAUCACAGAAUUUUCAUAGAGCUGGACUAUUGGAAGAAUCUGUCUAUGAUCUUCUCCCAAAGGAGUUACAGUUACCUCCAUCUAGAGAACCAUCUGUAGCAUCAAUGAGUCAGACAAGUGGUGGUGAGGCAGGCUCGCCUCCUCCAGCUGUAGUUGCUGCUGAUGCUUCUUCAGCUCCCUCCUCUUCCUCCAUGGGCGGUGCUUGCAGCUCCUUUACCACCUCUUCCAGCCCUACCAUUUAUUCUACCUCAGUCACCGACAGCAAGGCUAUGCAAGUGGAGAGCUGCUCCUCAGCCUUGGGGGUAAGUAACCGAGGGGUAAGUGAAAAGCAGUUAACCAGUAACACAGUUCAGCAGCAUCCAUCAACACCGAAGAGGCACACAGUCUUGUACAUCUCACCACCACCUGAGGACUUGCUGGAUAACAGUCGGAUGUCCUGCCAGGAUGAGGGGUGUGGAUUGGAAUCUGAGCAGAGCUGCAGUAUGUGGAUGGAGGAUUCCCCCUCCAACUUCAGUAACAUGAGCACCAGUUCCUACAAUGAUAACACUGAGGUACCUCGUAAAUCACGAAAACGAAAUCCAAAGCAGAGGCCGGGGGUCAAACGACGAGAUUGUGAAGAGUCUAAUAUGGAUAUAUUUGAUGCCGACAGUGCCAAAGCACCUCACUAUGUGCUUUCUCAGCUUACCACGGACAACAAAGGCAACUCAAAAGCAGGAAAUGGAACAUUGGAAAACCAAAAAGGAACUGGAGUAAAGAAGAGCCCUAUGUUGUGUGGACAGUAUCCUGUUAAAAGUGAGGGAAAGGAACUGAAGAUAGUUGUACAACCUGAGACCCAGCACAGAGCUCGGUACCUAACUGAGGGUAGUCGUGGCUCAGUAAAGGACAGAACACAGCAAGGCUUUCCUACAGUAAAGCUGGAAGGCCAUAAUGAGCCAGUAGUGUUGCAGGUGUUUGUGGGCAAUGACUCUGGUCGAGUGAAACCACAUGGAUUUUAUCAGGCCUGCAGGGUAACUGGGCGAAAUACAACUCCCUGCAAAGAAGUGGACAUUGAAGGCACUACUGUUAUAGAAGUCGGCCUUGAUCCAAGCAACAAUAUGACACUGGCGGUGGACUGCGUAGGGAUAUUGAAAUUGAGGAAUGCUGAUGUGGAAGCCAGAAUAGGAAUUGCUGGUUCCAAGAAAAAAAGCACUCGUGCCAGAUUGGUUUUUCGAGUUAAUAUCACAAGGAAAGAUGGCUCCACUUUGACACUGCAAACACCCUCUUCUCCGAUUUUAUGUACUCAGCCAGCAGGAGUGCCAGAAAUCUUAAAGAAGAGCUUACAUAGCUGUUCAGUGAAAGGAGAGGAAGAAGUAUUUUUAAUCGGCAAGAACUUUCUGAAAGGAACUAAAGUUAUUUUCCAAGAAAAUGUUUCUGAUGAAAACUCUUGGAAGUCAGAAGCUGAAAUCGACAUGGAAUUAUUUCAUCAGAAUCAUCUUAUUGUGAAGGUUCCCCCAUAUCAUGACCAACAUAUAACUUUGCCAGUAUCAGUGGGAAUAUACGUAGUGACCAAUGCUGGAAGAUCUCAUGAUGUUCAGCCAUUCACUUACACUCCAGACCCAGCAGCAGCUGCUGCUUUGAAUGUAAACGUGAAGAAGGAAAUAUCUAGUCCGGCAAGACCUUGCUCUUUCGAAGAGGCCAUGAAAGCAAUGAAAACUGCUGGAUGUAACUUAGAUAAGGUAAAUAUUCUUCCUAAUGCUCUGAUCACUCCACUCAUAUCAAGCAGUGUGAUUAAGAGUGAAGAUGUUACUCCAAUGGAAGUAACAGCAGAGAAAAGAUCUUCUCCUAUUUUUAAGACUACAAAGACAGUUGGAUCCACUCAACAAACAUUAGAAAAUAUCUCUAACAUAGCCGGAAAUGGGUCUUUUUCAUCAUCAUCAUCAUCUUCCCACUUACCUUCUGAAAACGAAAAGCAGCAACAGAUUCAGCCCAAGGCAUACAACCCAGAGACCCUGACAACUAUCCAAACACAGGACAUUUCACAGCCUGGUACCUUUCCAGCAGUUUCUGCUUCUAGUCAGCUGCCCAACAGUGAUGCACUACUGCAGCAGGCUACACAGUUUCAGACAAGAGAAACUCAGCCUAGAGAGGUAUUACAGUCAGAUGGUACAGUGGUUAAUUUGUCACACCUGACUGAGGCAUCACAGCAACAGCAGCAGUCACCACUACAAGAACAAGCACAGACUUUACAGCAGCAGAUUUCAUCAAAUAUUUUCCCAUCACCAAAUAGUGUGAGUCAGCAGCUACAGAAUACAAUUCAACAGCUGCAGGCUGGAAGUUUUACAGGCAGUACUACUAGUGGCAGCAAUGGAAAUGUUGACUUGGUCCAACAAGUUUUAGAGGCACAACAACAGUUAUCUUCAGUUUUAUUUUCUGCUCCAGAUGGUAAUGAGAAUGUUCAAGAACAGCUUAGUGCAGACAUUUUUCAACAAGUCAGUCAAAUUCAAAAUAGCGUAAGCCCUGGAAUGUUUUCCUCAACAGAGCCAGCAGUCCAUACCAGACCAGAUAAUUUAAUAGCUGGAAGAGCUGAAAGUGUUCACCCACAGAAUGAAAACACAUUAUCUAAUCAACAACAGCAACAACAGCAACAGCAAGUGAUGGAAUCAUCAGCUGCAAUGGUGAUAGAGAUGCAACAGAGUAUCUGCCAGGCAGCUGCCCAGAUUCAGUCAGAGCUAUUUCCUUCAACUGCUUCAGCAAAUGGAAACCUUCAGCAGUCUCCGGUUUACCAGCAGACUUCUCAUAUGAUGAGUGCGUUAUCAGCCAAUGAGGACAUGCAAAUGCAAUGUGAAUUGUUUUCUUCUCCUGCAGUUUCUGGAAAUGAAACUGCUACAACCACCACACAGCAGGUUGCAACUCCUGGCACUACCAUGUUUCAGACAUCAAGUUCAGCAGAUGGAGAAGAAACUGGAGCACAAGCAAAACAGAUUCAGAACAGUGUCUUUCAGACCAUGGUCCAAAUGCAACAUAGUGGGGACAGUCAACCUCAAGUUAGCCUUUUUUCAUCUACGAAAAGUAUGAUAAGCGUUCAAAAUAAUGGUACCCCGCAGCAAGGUAAUGGUUUAUUCCAGCAAGGUAAUGAGAUGAUGUCACUCCAAUCAGGGAAUUUUUUGCCGCAGUCUUCUCAUUCACAGGCUCAACUCUUUCAUCCUCAGAAUCCUAUUGCUGAUGCUCAGAACCUUUCCCAGGAAACUCAAGGUUCUAUUUUUCAUAGUCCAAGUCCUAUUGUCCACAGUCAGACUUCUACAACCUCCUCUGAACAAAUGCAGCCUCCAAUGUUUCACUCUCAAAAUACCAUGGCUGUGCUACAGGGCUCUUCUGUUCCUCAAGACCAGCAGUCAGCCAACAUAUUUCUUUCCCAGAGUCCAAUGAAUAAUCUUCAAACUAACACAGUAGCCCAAGAAGAACAGAUUUCAUUUUUUGCAGCUCAGAAUUCAAUUUCUCCACUUCAGUCAACAUCAAACACUGAGCAGCAAGCUGCAUUCCAACAGCAGACUCCAAUAUCACACAUCCAGACCCCUAUGCUUUCCCAAGAACAGGCACAACCCUCCCAGCAAGGUCUAUUUCAGCCUCAGGUUUCCUUGGGCUCCCUUCCUCCUAAUCCAAUGCCUCAAAACCAACAAGGAACAAUCUUCCAGUCACAGCACUCAAUGGUUGCCAUCCAGAGUAACUCUGCAUCCCAGGAGCAGCAGCAGCAGCAGCAACAGCAGCAGCAGCAGCAGCAGCAGCAACAACAGCAGAGCAUUUUAUUCAGCAAUCAGAAUACCAUGGCUCCAAUGGCAUCUCAAAAGCAGCCACCACCAAACAUGAUAUUCAACCCAAGUCAAAAUCCAAUGGCUAAUCAAGAGCAGCAGAACCAGUCAAUUUUUCAUCAACAAAAUAAUAUGGCCCCAAUGAAUCAAGAACAGCAGCCCAUGCAAUUUCAGAACCAGCCCACAGUUUCCUCACUUCAGAACCCAGGUCCUGCCCAGUCCGAAUCAUCACAGACCUCCUUGUUCCAUAGCUCUCCUCAGAUUCAGUUGGUCCAAGGGUCACCCAGUUCUCAAGAGCAGCAAGUAACACUCUUCCUUUCUCCAGCAUCCAUGUCUGCAUUGCAGAACAGUAUAAACCAACAAGACAUGCAACAGUCUCCCCUUUAUUCCCCUCAGAACAACAUGCCUGGAAUCCAGGGAGCCACAUCUUCACCUCAACCACAGGCUACUUUAUUUCACAACACUACAGGAGGCACAAUGAACCAACUACAAAAUUCUCCUGGCUCUUCUCAGCAGACUUCAGGAAUGUUCUUAUUUGGCAUUCAGAAUAACUGUAGUCAGCUUUUAACUUCCGGACCAGCUACAUUGCCAGAUCAGUUGAUGGCCAUAAGUCAGCCAGGCCAACCACAAAACGAGGGCCAGCCACCUGUGACAACACUUCUUUCUCAGCAAAUGCCAGAGAAUUCUCCACUGGCAUCCUCUAUAAACACCAAUCAGGACAUUGAAAAGAUUGAUUUGCUUGUUUCAUUGCAAAACCAAGGGAACAACUUAACUGGCUCCUUUUAACUGGAUAUAAAUUCCAUGAAGAAAAUCCUGAUUUCAAGAUACCCUGAGAUCUUGUGAUUCCAUGAGGAUUAUUGAACUGUUACUUUAAAAAGAAAACAAAAUAUGAAAAACUGUGAUUGAAUAAAUGGAUGGAUUUUACUCUGACUGCAAAAGGGCACACCUAUGCUGCCUAUUGCAGUGAUUAACCACCAUUGUUAACAUCUUUUUAUUUUAUAUUCCUAAUAACAGUGAUGACUGAGAAUCUAUUUGAGUUUCCAGCUGACAGAAUUAAUUGUUGCUAUUUUCCUAGGCAUUAUUUCUUUAAAAAUACAGUUUAAAUUGAUAAGCUGGAUCACUCAGUUAUUAUUGCUAUUAGAAAAUAAUUCAUGUUUCAUGUUUACUUUUGUUCUUCAUUCAGAUUUUCUUUCCUGCAUUUAGUCAAGUAGUGGCUUUUGAAAAAGGAAAGUUCAAAUCAUAACUUAGGCUGUGAUUUUUCAAUAUAAAAAGCACAGCUAUUGGCCAAAGUGAAACAAUCUUUAUUCCGUUUUUAUAGAGAAACUGAAGGGGUAACAUUCUGACAGGUAAGCUGUAUUAAGAGCUCUACACAGAUAAGAGGACUCUAUCACAGACAACACACAAACUGCGAACAGCUGGAAUGCUAUUGAUUUUAUUUUUCAGAGAGUUGUUAAUUCUCUGUGUUUCUGUUAAGGGUUUUAGCCAUAACUGUGCAUAGAAAAAUAUAAACAUCUUGCUCUAUUUAAAAAUGAAGGGGAUAAUAUAUGGUAAAUUAAGUUCUGAUAUCCUCCUACAGUAGUUAAAACUGACAGAGUAAUUCAAGUCUGUUUUCUUCUUAUCCCAGUCUUGAACUGGUAUUCCCUUUUUAUGUUCAGCGAUACUAUUCUUCCCCUCUUCUUCACUUUAUUUUAGACAAUUAGUAAUAUACUACUAGCUUUGUGAUCCUGUAGUAACUUAAAUGAAAAGACCACUUUGAUCUGGGGUAACCCAGCAACUCCUGCAGCACAGGCCGGGGGGUAUCCUUUCAGGAAUGAGGGGAGCUGACUCCUGAGAAACAAGAAACAAUGCAUUUUUUUUCCAUGAACGGUGCUGUUCUGAAGUCUUCAAAUUUUUCCCUCUAAUAGGAAACAGUGUAAAUGUUAAUCUGAAAAAAAAAAAGACAGACUAAAAUUUCUUGAAACAUCACUUCUCCCUGAGCUGCAGUGAGUGUAAUUCACUUGUCACCUCAGUGCUUUACAGUUUGAAGUGGUCACUUAUCUGAUGGUUCCCACAAGCCUUAGGCUUUACAGGGUCAUAUCAUUGACUUAAUAUGAAGAAUUAAUUUGUGUUACAUCUAUAGAGAGCAAAAUAACACACUCCAGAACUUGCAGUUGUAGCACUAGUUAUACAGAUUUGGGUGUUCUCACCACCCAUGGGAUGCCUGCUUCUCUCUACAACCUGUUGUCUGGACACAUGCUUAUGUCUUACUCUCCUUUUGGCAUGUAGAAAGCUGUUAAUACAGUUUAAGGCCAAAUUGUGUGUGGCUUCUAUAUGUAGAUAAGAUGUUUUGGCAUUCUUGUCCGUUUGAUUUAUUUUUUAAGUGUACAAAAAUUAGCCUGUUAAUUGUUUGUUGAAGGCUACAAUUCUGUUUUUUAUUUUUUCUAUCCGAUACAUUUAGCUGAACUUUGUGGAAUUGUGGUGUUGGUUUUGUUUAUAUAGUCAGAUUUUUCCCCCUUUUUGUGAUGGUCUUCCUUGGUUCUUUGUGCUCUUCUUUAAUUUGUUUUUUCUCUUUGUUCUCAUUUACUCUUCCUUCCACCCCCAACCCUUUCUUUCUCUCUCUGAUUGAGAGGCAUUGAAUUAUGUUUUCAGUAGUACAGGCUUCUUGCCGAUAUGAAGGGAACUUUUCAGAAAGAGACCUACUCUGGGUCAUUUAAUUUUGAAUACAGUUUUCAAUCGUUCAAGUUUUGGAUGGUUUAUAUCUAAUGUGUGUUUCAUUUUUUUGGAAAGCUAUAUUUUGUAUUUAGGAAAUGGUAUACUAUUUUGCUAUUUGUACUGAGUGAGUACAUUGGCAUAAAUAUAGAAAUUUAUAUAUAUACAUAUAUAUAAACUAUUCUUUUUUUGCCACACAUUUUUGUGGUAAAUUUGUGAGUUUGUCUGAUGUUCUACCACAACGUGGCGUCUGAUAAAAGUGAGGGGGGGUUUGUUAUGUCUUUAUUGAGUAUUUAAGUAUCUUUUGAAACAAAUGACCUUUUCAUCUGUGGCCAUUCCAUCAGGUGGUUCCUUGAUGUGAUUAGUGGGCUAAAGGUAGCUCACUGUGUGUUCGCUGGAUCUUUCACUCAGCAAAACGUUAAGAGUAAGGAAACCCAUCCAGGCAGUUGUGUCAAGUGGAGUUUCACAAGAAUGAGCCAUUCAGUCUUUGCUCACUAUAUAUUUAAUAUUUUAUUAUUGUUGUUAUUGUUAUUAUUAAUUGGCUUUCUGUAUUCUAUGCCUUUUAUUUAUAAAGACACUAAAAAAAACCCAUGUUUGUAAUUUUAAUAACAUUUUCCCCAUCUUGUAAUAUCCAGAGCUACUUUAUAAAUUCUCUAAACCAAAAGCAUUUUCCUCAAUAUAUCUCUCUCUCCCCACCCCAUCAGGAAAGUUUACCCAGUAUAGUUCAGGGUAUGAGAAGGACCACACAAUCCAGUGCUUCAGUUUUAAAAUGUAAAACUCUUUAACUGCAGAGGGUUGACUCAUGUCAGUAAGCUUUCCACUGGUAUAAAAAUAAGAAGUAGAAAUAAAAUGCUGUAAGUUUAUUUCUGAGUUUUCUGAAUUUUUUCCCAAGAGAUUACACAGGAGACUCAGGAAGUCUGUUUGUUCAUCAAGUUCCAGUUAGAAUGUUAACACUGCUGUAUGGAUAAAGUGGUGGCAAGAAGACUGGCUUGGGUGCUGACUUCUGUUAUUUAGCAAGAAGUUUAUCAUUGUAAAAUGCUGAUUGCCAAUGCCAAGUCACCAGGGACCAAUUUUCUGUUUUAUAAUAUCUAAGUUUAGAACAGAACAUACACCUGAACUGUAGUGGUUUGAUUGGAUGGAGGCAGAAAACCCAAUUUUUAUUUUCAUAAGUUUUGUGGUUAUUUGUACAAGGGCUGUGCUAAGAUACCAUAUUCUUAUUCAAUAAUGAUGGAUUUUUUUUUUACAUUGUUAAAUGUUCCUUACCCCUAAAAGGUCAAUGUUAAGUAUAGCAUUCAGAACAUACUAUUUGGUUACAAAAAGUACUCGUCUUCUUAUUGAAGAGUUAGCUUAGUGGUCAGUGGUUGAUACUUGUGCUAAUAAUGCAGUUUCAAGAUUACUGUUACAAGUUAUAUCUACAUAUAGGAGAGACUCCAUGAGCCAACAGAGGCCUUGGAAACAACAAUUUAUUAAAUUUACUUAUGGCAGAAGGACCUAAAUAAACUAUAAACCACAUUUUAUUCCUUUUUAUCGUUACAUUCAAUUGUUCUUGCUUUUAACAACUCACAUUAAUGCUUGGAGCUUACCUGUGUGUCUGCAUGAGUGUGUGCAUGUGUGUGUGUGUGUGUGUGUGUGUUUUAUUCCUUAUUGUCAUUCCAUUAUAUAUUCACACCAAUAUGGGAGAAAAUAAUUAGAAGUCAUAUUUUGCUUCUGAGCUUUAUCAUGUUAUGUUACCUUACUCUAAUUACAAAUAGAGUAUCAUGUUGUUAUCUAACCAAUGCAAAUCUGUUUUCGCCAGUCUCCCUAGAACAGGUUUUUGAAGGGCUUUGUUUAUUAUAGAAGCAGUAUUAAUGAGGGACCUUUCUUCCUUUCUUUUUUUGUAAUACUGUAUAUGCUGUAGUUGGGAAUUUCAUUAUAGUGCAUUUCUUGCCCAUCAGAACCUCAGUUUAUCUGCCUAGGAAAAAUUGUGUCAAAGGGAAUGAGAAAAGAAGUUAUAUUUGAGUCCCUCCAGAACAAAGAUAAUAAUUCCUUUUGACCAUUUAAGCCAUUAUAGAUGCUUAUUUUGGAAAAGUGAAGUCUGUUUAGAUGCAUCAGCAAUUAUAGACCAGAAAUUAAAUGCUUUAAUAACCAAAAUCUCAAAUUCAGCAUGGUUUAUAAAUAUUCACUAGGAGUAAUUUGAGAAUGUUUCAUCUUUCUGGUGAGAAUUUCUGUUAUAAUAUCUGUUUUCCAGUUGACUUUUUUCUAAUUAAUUGAAAAUUAUAUGAGAUCUGUUAGCUUUACUCUGCUUCAUGACCACAGGCUUCAUCCCUAACCAAGACAGCCGCAUUAUAUCUGCAUGCCUUUGGUUAUAUGGAGAGCCUUAAUGAGAGAGAGAGAGAGAGAGAGAGAGAGAGAGAGAGAGACUGUAUAUAGUUCAUCACCUUUAGAAUCUCAUAACAUGUAUUAAAAAAAGGUUUUCUUCUCUGCUUAUUUGUGUCACUAGAGCUAAAUCAUGAAGAUAAUGUUCAUACUAUAGUAAAUAUCAGAAUAAUACCUAGAAUAUCAUUUGUGAAUUGUCCCAGCACUCUACUUACUUCUUUAAUCCUCAUUUGUUUUUGUGUCAUUCUAGCCUCACUUAUUAAUAAAAUUCUAUUUUUACUCCAUUUUCUCUUUCAGGAAAUUUUUUUAAAUUAAUAUUUUAUAUCUAGAUUAAAUGCUUAUGGAAAAGUGCCUUUUUACCAUGUUAGUGCCCCUUUCUUGUAAUUUCAUUUUUCAUUGUUGCCAAAAACACAUUGCAAAUGACUUUAAUAGUCUCAACUUUCAUUUUUUCUAUUUAGUCAUUCUUUUCUCCAUUUUUUGAUCACCAUAGAAACAACUUCAUAACUUUCUAACGCCCUUUGGCAUAAGAGGAACAAAAAAGAUACAUAGCUAGAAUUGUUUCUUUGAAGGAGGCUAAGUGAAAGAUCACAAAAUUAUACUAUUUAGCCUUUAUAGAAAUUAGCUAAAUUUGUCUUCAUCUUGACCAACUAAUAAUAGGUCUUAACUGAAUGCUAUCCAAAAUCUUACUAUAUGUGAGACUAUGUACACAAAUGUGGAUAGUUAAAUUUCAGAAAGGAAGUGUUUUUUUUUUUUUUUUUUUUUUUUGCGGUAUG